AUGUAUGCACUGAAUCGAAAAAAAAAUUUUACUCAUCUGUCACAAUAUUUACUCGAUAUUCUCGAAAUGCACAAUCUCACUAGAAGGAUUGUCAAGUGUCUUCAGAAAAUUAAGUUUCCAAAAGGAUUUGAUGCCAUAUCGCAAAGUCUCCAUGAACUUGCAUCAAUAAAUGUUAAAAACGACAAUAGAAAGAGCGCUUUAUCUAAUUUACGCUCAUCUCCAUUUCAUAUAUUAGAUCUUGUCUAUUAUCCAUCUACGAAAAUUUCAUAUUGCGCCCUCGAGUAUCCAAGCAAUUUUCUGCUUUCUCUUCCAGUCUUCCAUAAUUGGUUGACCGGUGAUCCGCUGGGACGACAAAGCGGUGAGUAG